AUGGUCUUAUUAAAUAUGCUUAUAUGCAAACAUCUGUGCUUUAUGUAUUUUUCUACAAAUGUGCUUUGGCCCAUUUUACUUCUUUUACAUCUGUAUUUUAAAAAUUUUUGCCCUUCGAGAAUGGUUAGCAUACAACAUUCGAAAUCACUUGUAACGGUCCGCUGUGGAAAUCUAUCUCCAAAGACAUCCAUAGCAGAGCUGGUUGCGCUCUUUUCUAGAGAGCCUGUUGCAAUAGAAGAUAUCAAGAUGAAAAAAAAUGAUCUUAUCCAGUCGUCAUAUGCAUUUGUUACAUUUUUAUCCAUAGAAGAUGCUAAAAGAAUUGUUGAGAAGUAUAACUACACCACUCUGCACGACAGGGAAAUGACAUUGAUGAUUCUUACGUCCGGUAAUGUUUUUCCAGAAAACGCAAACUUAUUUGUAAAGAACAUUCCAAAAGAAUAUACUACUAAGAAACUUUAUGAAAUCUUCAAAGAUUUUGGAUCAAUAGCAUCCUGCAAGGUAUCAGUCGACAGUAAUGGAGAGUCUAGGGGAUAUGGUUUUGUCCAGUACGAGACCGUUGAGUCGGCUGAUAAGGCGAUUGCGGAUCUUCGAGAUGAGAAAUUUGAGGGAAAAACUCUUAGCAUCUCUAGAUUUGAUAGAUCCCUCCGAGAUCAGAAACACAGUGAUAGUUCCUCUUCUACAUCCUCUUUUACAAAUGUUUUUGUUAAAAAUUUUCCAAGUAGCUUAACAGAGGCGAAAUUAAAAGACAUUUUAGAAAAGUAUGGGCCAAUUUGCUCCAUUUAUUUGCCAUUAAAUGAAAAAUCCGAGCCUGUAGGCUUCGCCUGUGUGAAUUUUGAAAAAGCAGAAGAUGCAGCCAAGGCUGUUGAGAAUCUUCACAACAAACACAUAUUCUCCCUUGAGGAAUGCCAGGAUAGUUCUGUUGCCACCUGCCCCUUUUAUAUUCAAAAGGCUGAGAGAAGAAAAGAAAGAGAGGAGACCAUUCGCAAGCAGCUCGAGGCUUUGUCUCUUAAAGGCAUUAAUUCAAAGAACAAUCUCUAUAUCGCUCAUAUUCCAGAAACAUUUUCAGAAGAUGAAAUACGAGAUCUUUUCAGUAAGUUCGGAACAAUUGUCAGCAUUAAACUACAAAAGACAUCCUCAGAGAACAAUAAACAAUUUGGAUAUAUCUGCUUUAAGACACCGGAGGAGGCUGCAGCGGCUUUUGAAGCGAUGGAUGGUACCUUGCUGGACAACAGUAAGCUGCGUAUAUCAUUUUAUAAGGCCAAAAAUGAAAGAAGGGCAGAAAGCACUUCGGGAAAGCCAAGAUCAUCGAAUUCGGAAUCAAAAGAAGGUCUGUCGAGCAUAGGAACUUCAAAAUUAAUUCAAAGUCUUGCCAAUGUCGUUGAAAGGACGGCCUCACUUUAUAAAAAAGACUGGAAUGUUGUUGGUGCUAACAAUUCAACUGAGUUUUCGCAGAAAAUGGCAAGAGAGUUCUUCUCAGUCCACGAAAAAGAGCUUAAGGAAAUGGUCAGUUCUUCAGCAUUCCUGGAAAACAAAAUCAAGACAAUUCUAAAAAAUAAGAAAGAAAAAUUGAGUCAAAAACAACAAUAA